AGAGAGAGGCGGUGCUUGUGAAUUGAACGAAGUGAGGGUUUCAGCGUUCACGGUCAAGCUCACUCGCCGUCUCACUCUCGGGCUGUAGGGCAUCCUUUUCCUUUCAUUCUUUCUUUCUCCUCUCUCUUGUUUUGUCUGCCUCGCAAUCGUCCGUCCCCUCCACGGCAACCAUAACAACGUCCUCCUCAACAAAUUGGGAUUAGCAUCGGACGCAAAAUGGAACCCGGGACGCGCCUGUUAUAAACGAGGUUCUCCAGCCGGGAUGAGCGUCCCGUGGAGCGGCGCUACGGCGCCGCUUGUGCGCCCGGCCGCCUCGGCGCACAAGCGGCUCGACUCGGACUCGGAGCCGCCGCAGCCUCCGGCCAAGCGCGCCUGCAGGCUGAGCAGCGAGGCCGGGGACGCGCACGGAGGACUCCUCGGCGGCGCCGCCACGACCGCCGCGGCUCGCGUCACCGCCGUCGCCCGGCGGGGACCCUCCAGGAUCGGGCCCUUCCUGCUGGUGCCCGCCUCGGCCGAGCGCGACGGCGUGCACUGCCGCGCCGUGCACGUCGACACCGGCGACGAGCUUCUGUGCAAGGUCUUCAGCAUGGCCGAGUACCAGCGGAAGAUCCGAGCCUACGGGGUCGUGCCUUCCCACCCGAGCAUCUCCGCCGUCCAGGAGGUGAUCCUCGGGGAGCGCGAAGCCUACGUCUUCCUGGAUAAAGACUUUGGUGACAUGCACACGCUGGUGAAGAGCCGACGGCGGCUCGACGAGGGGCAGGCCCGGGCGCUCUUCCGGCAGAUGGCGGAGGCUGUGGCACAUUGCCACCAGGCGGGCGUCGUGCUGGGCGACCUCAAGCUGCGCAAAUUCGUCUUGGCCGACGAACGCAGGACCCAAGUGCGUCUGGAGAGCCUGGAGGAUUGCCGCGUCCUGGAGGACCCGCGGGACGACGCCGUGUGCGACACUCACGGCUGCCCGGCCUACGUCAGCCCCGAGAUCCUAAGCGGGGCCGCGCCCUACUCGGGCAAGAUGGCCGACAUGUGGAGCUUGGGCGUGGUGCUUUACACCAUGCUGGCGGGCCGCUACCCUUUCCACGACGCCGACCCGGCCGCGCUCUUCUCCAAGAUUCGCCGGGGACACUGUUGCCUACCCGAGGGACUCUCGCCCGCGGCCCGCUGCCUGGUCCAGAGCCUUCUGAGAAAGGAACCGGCAGAGAGACUCACGGCCUGCGAGUUACUGGCGCACCCGUGGUUCCGACGCCCGACGACGGAAGCCAGCCUGGUCGAGCAGACGGUGCCGUCCUUCGACGUGGAGGACGACGACCAUAUUCUCUGCUGACCAAAUAAAAUGGACCCACCUGUGUACAGUGGACCCCCCACUAAACGACAGGGUCGAGACAAACCGCGAAUUGACAGUAUUUGUAAUUGCGGAGAGAUGCCACAAAGUGGCGGCAAAGCACUUCAAAACAGAGAGCAUUAUAAUCAGAAACUACAGCAGUAAAAUUAUUCAACUUAAACCACUUUGACAUCGGGCCCACCAAGAGCAUGAGCUAGCAUGCUAGCCUAACUAGCACGCUAGCGCAAAUUGAUCACACAUUGGGCAAGCAAUUAUUUGCACUAGCACUUUACACAAAUGGUAUUAUGUCACUGAAUUCCAUUUGGGGCAUAGAAACGCAAUAAGAAAUGUUGGGGGGGGGGCAACUUGUGAGGGCAAAUUAGACUCUGUGGGCUAUUAGCAGCUGGGAGAGAAACAAAAACAAUCAGUGACUUUCUGUUUCAGUUUGGACUGAGUAUUAAAGGACCAACGGGAAAAUAACCACCAGUUGAUAUUAAACAACAAUAAUCACAAGAAUUUGCCAAAUGGCACCAAAGAAAAACCUGAAUUGAUUUGGUCCAAUACCCGAGAUUUUUAGUCAACAACAAAAAUUGCUAAUUCGAGAAUCCCAAACUGCGGGGGUUCACUGUACCGUGUCUGCGUACUGUAUGGGCAUUUGUUGGUGUUUCUUUUUAACUUGUUGGUGGUGCUAAGACAGAACAGUCAAGACCUCAAGCUACACUUGGCAGCGCAAUUCACCUCACUUUCAAUGACACCCAAUACGACGGCCAAUAGGAGAAAGAAAGUUUAAAUACAACAAAUUGCGUCCAAUGCCAAAGAAACUUUUGUCGCUGGAACACACACAAAAAAAAUCACGAGUUGUUCUCAUUUUUUUUCAACUAAAGAAAAUUAUCUUUUUUUUUUUAUGAGUCUCUUUUUAUUGCUAAGAUGGACUUGUCGGCGCUACGCUUGGUUGGCUUAACAGAUGGCGGCGGCAGAACUGAUCAGCCAGCGCCAAUGCGUCACACUCACCGACAGACAAAACGUCUUUUGAAGUCAAAUACAAAUUGCCCGAGGAACCAUUAUCAUCCCCGUGCAAAUAUAAUCACUACAUUUUUUCUUAUAUCCGAAACACAACAAAUAAUGCUUUGUGUGUUGAAAAUUUUAGAGUGGUUGCUAUAGAGAGAAAAUGUCACUAUCCAAAGCAGAAAAUAUUUUUGAGGGGGAAGGGAUAUAUUUUAUUUAGAAAAAAAAACUCCCAAUAAUUAUUCCAGAUAUAUUUUUUAAACAUAGUCAUUUUAAGUUUUGGGGGGGCAUUUUUUAAAUGCUUUUUAUGACUUAAAAUAUUUUUUGUGCUAUUGCAUCUUCACUUUAAUUCAAUACACAAAGAAAAAUAAUUUAUUUUGUGCUUUUGAUCUGAAGAUUUUUUUUUUAAAUAGCAUUUUUGUAGGAUGAAAAAAAAUGAAAAUAGAAUUCAACACAAAACAAAUGGUGUGUUUCAGAUUUUGUUGGACAUAAAAAAAAGAAAAUUUUGUUUUCAUUAGACAGCAACUGACAGUAAGCAACAUGGACAAUGACAACGCAACUUGAGUGGCCGACUAGCAAGUGCGACGAUCGUCGACAUUUUAUUACUCUUGCUCCAACAUUUAAUGAGUGUCACUUGUGAGGACGUAGACGCACUGCAGACAACGGUACAAGCAAGCCGGCAUUUUUUUUUUUUUGUUCGAUAACUUGACAAAUGUUUUUGAUGUUGAAUGCAAAGAGACUUGAGAUGAUGUGCACAUUUUGCUUAAGUGAUUUUAGUGGCUUCAGAUGCAGUAAAGCUGACACAAGUGCACCACGUGUCGCACUGUGAAUGAAGUGUGCGUGCGUGGCAAAAAAAAAAUCUGCAUGAAAAUAUAUUCAUCCUCUAAGGAGAAACGUGUAAAUAUUUGUAUAUUUCAAAUGAGUGUGAGAUGAAUAAAGAUGGGCUUUUUUUUC